GCUGGCCCUCCAGUGGUGCUUCUUAUUAUAUAUAUUAUGGUGGGGGGCUUCUUGUGAUUUAAGGAACUUACUCCUUUUAUUUCGAGGGGUUGAUUGGCGAUCUUUCACACCCCCCUCUUGGCUCCAUUGAUCUUCCCAGCACUUUGUUCCUGUCCCUCUCCCGGGGAAGGUGGGGGAGGAGCAGGAGCUGCUAAUUAGCCAUCGGAACUAAGGGCUGUUAUUGUGUUUGCUUCCCAGUGGCAGCUCAGGAUCUCUGGUUUCCCAUAGCCUCCCCUCCAUCUGGAUGUUUACGGAUCACUUCUAACCCUACCCCGGGGCUGCACCCUGCUCAGUUUGCCCCCCCCCCUCUCCCUUUCAUCCUGUGUGAUCAACUUACACCCCAGCCGACCAUGAGCCCCACGGGCUGUUGAUCAAACCUACCCCCUCACUACUUGCAUAAGGAGGUUCGGUACCCUCAUCUUCUGCAUGUCCCUUGUGUUAACGUGUCGGAUCUGCCUUCUGUGUGCAUCGCAGCUUUCUGGAUCGGAAUCCCUCCCACCUGCCGCAACUUACCAGGAAAAAGCAAAAGUUUGCUGAAAAGUCAGCCUUUUACGGUGUGAAAGAAAAAGGAGUCGGUACAGUGCUAUACGACCGGGGGGAGGAAGCCACAAACCCCCAUGGUACUGUGAAGCAGCCUCUUGUUCUCAGUAGACAAAGGAAGCUGAAGAAGAAAGGAGGAGGCAGUGGCAGGAUGCUGGGCGGCUCUGCGUAGUGUGUCUGGUUACUUAUACCCCCCGCCGAGUGGGAUAUAAAUCUAUACAUCCAUACUGUAAUACCCCCUCCUUCCCUGUCAUUGGGGGGUCUCUGGAAGUCUUCGAGAAUUGAGCUGCAAAGGGGCAAAGCGGCGGCUGGGAGAGCCAUGUUCCCCCAGAGCAGACACCCGACGCCGCAUCAGGCCGCAGGCCAACAAUUUAAAUUUACCAUCCCGGAGUCCUUGGACCGGAUCAAAGAGGAAUUUCAGUUUCUGCAAGCUCAGUAUCACAGCCUUAAAUUGGAAUGUGAAAAAUUGGCAAGCGAAAAGACCGAGAUGCAAAGGCACUAUGUCAUGUAUUAUGAGAUGUCCUAUGGGCUGAAUAUUGAAAUGCACAAACAGACAGAAAUUGCCAAGAGAUUGAACACAAUUUGUGCACAAGUCAUUCCAUUUCUUUCUCAGGAACAUCAACAACAGGUGGCUCAGGCCGUAGAGCGUGCCAAGCAGGUGACAAUGGCAGAGCUGAAUGCCAUCAUCGGGGUACGUGGCCUUCCAGGUCUACCUCCUACACAGCAGCAAUUGCAAGCCCAGCAUUUGUCUCAUAGCCAUGGACCACCAGUGCCUCUAACACCUCAUCCAUCAGGCCUUCAGGGCCCUGGGAUUCCAUCUCUUGGAAGCAGUGCUGGCCUCCUUGCCCUUUCUAGUGCACUUGGUGGACAAUCGCAUCUGUCCAUGAAAGAGGACAAGAAGCAUCACGAUUCAGACCACCACAGAGACAGAGAGCCGGGAACAAGCAAUUCCCUGUUGGUCUCUGAUAGCCUGCGCGGCAAUGAUAAACGACGGAAUGGACCUGAUUAUUCCAAUGACAUCAAAAAGAGAAAAGUGGAGGAUAAAGAUUCCAGCCAUUAUGAUAGUGAUGGUGACAAAAGUGAUGACAAUCUGGUAGUGGAUGUAUCAAAUGAGGACCCUUCAUCCCCAAGAGCAAGUCCGGCUCAUUCACCAAGAGAAAAUGGCAUUGACAAAAGUCGUUUAAUGAAAAAGGAUGUGUCUAGCAGUCCGGCCUCUACUGCAUCUUCAGGAAGCUCUACGUCAUUGAAAUCAAAGGAAAUGAGCAUGCAUGAAAAAGCCAGCACGCCUGUUCUAAAAUCAAGCACGCCAACUCCGCGAAGUGAUGUACCGACUCCCGGCACAAGUGCUACAUCAGGUCUGCGUCCAGGUCUUGGCAAGCCUCCAUCCAUGGACCCGCUCGUUAACCAAGCUGCUGCUGCAGGUCUGCGGACUCCAUUGGCAGUUCCUGGUCCCUAUGGAUCACCUUUUGGUAUGGUACCUCAUGCAGGCAUGAAUGGAGAGCUGACAAGCCCCGGAGCUGCGUAUGCUAGCCUACAUAACAUGUCCCCGCAAAUGAGUGCUGCUGCAGCUGCUGCCGCGGUGGUAGCUUAUGGAAGAUCUCCAAUGGUUGGGUUUGAUCCCCCUCCACAUAUGAGAGUCCCAGGAAUGCCCCCAAACCUGGCAGGAAUCCCAGGUGGAAAACCGGCCUAUUCAUUUCAUGUCACAGCAGAUGGUCAAAUGCAGCCGGUCCCGUUCCCUCCUGAUGCUCUGAUUGGUCCAGGAAUCCCUCGGCACGCGCGGCAGAUAAACACUCUAAAUCAUGGUGAAGUUGUGUGCGCGGUUACCAUCAGUAACCCCACGAGGCACGUGUACACUGGCGGAAAGGGCUGCGUCAAAGUCUGGGACAUCAGCCAACCAGGCAACAAAAGCCCUGUCUCUCAGCUGGACUGCUUGAAUAGAGAUAACUACAUCAGAUCAUGUAAAUUACUGCCUGACGGAUGCACACUUAUCGUCGGAGGAGAAGCCAGCACCUUAUCCAUUUGGGACCUGGCAGCUCCUACCCCACGGAUAAAAGCAGAGCUGACAUCAUCUGCUCCUGCCUGCUAUGCCCUGGCUAUCAGCCCCGAUUCCAAGGUCUGCUUCUCCUGUUGUAGUGAUGGAAACAUUGCAGUGUGGGAUUUACACAACCAGACUCUCGUAAGGCAAUUCCAGGGCCACACAGAUGGAGCCAGCUGUAUUGACAUUUCUAAUGAUGGCACCAAACUCUGGACGGGAGGUUUGGACAACACCGUACGAUCCUGGGAUCUACGCGAAGGACGGCAACUCCAGCAGCAUGACUUCACGUCUCAGAUCUUCUCUCUUGGAUACUGUCCGACCGGUGAAUGGUUAGCAGUCGGAAUGGAGAGUAGUAAUGUCGAAGUAUUACAUGUAAAUAAACCAGACAAGUAUCAGCUGCACCUUCAUGAGAGCUGUGUGCUUUCAUUAAAGUUUGCCUAUUGCGGCAAGUGGUUUGUGAGUACUGGAAAAGAUAAUCUUCUCAAUGCUUGGAGAACCCCAUACGGAGCCAGUAUAUUCCAGUCCAAAGAAUCCUCGUCUGUGCUGAGCUGCGACAUCUCCGUAGAUGACAAAUACAUCGUCACAGGAUCUGGCGACAAGAAGGCUACAGUUUAUGAAGUUAUCUACUGAAAAUAACUGCAUUUAAAACAAAGGAUAAUCUGGGCCAAAAUAAACUUGUGUGUAGAAGUAGGAAGACUGCAUUCUUAAAGGAAAGAAGGGAACUGACUUUUUUUCUUGGAUUUAAUUUUCUUUUCUUACUUUAAACGUGUGUACAAAGAUGCAAAGGGACUAGCAGAGCUCUGUACACAAAAAUCAACUGCCUGGAACAAAUAGAAUGUAAGAGGGACAAAGGACGUCAAAUGAUGCCUUAACAAGUCUGCUGAAGAAUGUUGGUUUUUUUUUAUUAUAAUUAUUUUAAGUGACUUUUGGAGAAAUUAAAAGUAUCCUGAAUUUA